UUGAGUAGUGGUCGAGAGUGGACGUACGCGCGUUUCGUCCGUCCACAGCUCUUCUAGCGCAGAACUGUAAGGAGCCUACUUUACAAUUAUGGAUAUGGUGCACAACUCAAUAUAGGAUACGAGAUACGUAUACUGGAAAUUAACUCGAGAGUGUUUUAACAGCGGAGAGGUUUUUUGGAAGUUGUGAAAGUCUGGCGGAAAGUGAUUUUCUGUGCAUUUGAUUCCGAGUGUUUUGUUUUUUUGCCAUUUUUUAAACGGCUACACUUCGCCUGCCCAAGGAAAUUUUAUUUUCAUUUUUUAUUCAAAGAAGGAAAAGCAGAAAAAGAUAAAUCCUCCGUUUGUAUGUGGUCCUCCAUGUGCCAACGACCCACGGACGAUGUGAUUGGUCUCCCGUAUUUAUGAUGUGCAACUAUGAAACCUGAUUAGCGCUGGAAAAGGAAAAAAAUAUAUAAGAUAAGGCCUAGGCUAGUCAGGAUGUGUGGUGCGUCCGGUACCGUAGUGAAGGAUUUAUGCCUCCUUCGGGACCGCCAUGAGAACCCAAGGAGGACCUCGAGGACCUCGACCCCAAGCACCAGCGUGGAAAAGGUGUGGAAGGAGACGCAGCAGCUGAUGGAACAAUCUGAACACCUUGUGAGAGUCAUGACCCAUGUCUGCUCUCAACAGCUCUCCGGUGUUUUCAGGACCGUCGCCAAGUACUCUCAAGACUGUUGGCGACGAUGCAGCGUGGACGCCAGCGUCGAGACAGCAGAGACGUCAGCACUUCCACCACCUCCCCCUCCACCAGCGUCAGGAGCAGCAGCAGCACUGUGCGUGUUGUGAGGGCUGCGGGGAGUGGCGUCGCAGGGCGAGGCUUCGGCGGG